AAUAAGUGACAAUGUGUUAGGUGUAAUAGCAUUUCACAAGUCACAACACACUAGUAGAAGCAAAAUAUAUUCAACAAACUACAACCCUGUCUUGCUUAGAGUUUUAUACUUGACGUACUUACAGCUCCUGCUACAGAUUCUCAAGAUAUAUUUUCAGAAAAAUGGCUGUUGCUGGUUUAAACAACUUCUCUGCCAUUAGUUCUUCUCCUUUGUCAAAAUGGUGUGCCAACCAUGAAAAACCAUGCAAUCAGGCCUCUCUUAGGCAAAUGUGGCGAGAGCUUGAGGCAGAGCACAUCACAGGUAAUUCCCGGGCACAGGUUGGAGUAAGAUCAAUGCAAGGGAGUGUCAUUGAACUCAAUACUGAAUUUACUAGAACUUUUUUGUCUACCGGAGGUAAUCAUCAUGGUGUAAAUAGCUUGAUAGAUUCAAAUGAAAAAGAGAACGAGCAUAUUAUAUCUCCCAGAAGGCUACAAAAUGAAAAUGAUGAUAGUACAAGUUCAAGUUCCGAAUCUGUUGAUUUUGGAAAAGUAGAAAGAGAGAGGGUGAGGGAGGUUUUCCGCGAAUGGCAGAACAAUGGCCUUAGAAACAACACACCCAGAGAUUCACAUCCAAACAACUAUUCAAAGGCCAAGUGGCUUCAUGAGCAGCAGUGUGAAAGGGUGAGAAUUGUCCGGGAAUGGGUAGAAAACACAACACAGCAGAGAGACAGAUUUCACGGUGGCAGAGAAGGACAAGACACUGAAACUGGUGCUCAAAUUGAUCGUGUCCGUGAAGGAUUGCGCAGAAGGAAAAUCCGUAGGCUGUGUGGUAAACAGACUCUUCUUGAUCUAGUAAUGAGGGCUGAGAAUGAAAGAGAAAAAGAACUUCAGGAUUUGUUAAAGCAUCGGCAUGUAUCAGAUUUUCCCUAUCGAAAUCGUAUUCAGUCAUUACUCAAAGGUAGAUUCUUGAGGAAAAAAACAUACAAACAGGAUGAGAAGCCUUCUUCUCUAGCAGCAAGUGAAUUGGGCAUACUAAGACAAAAGCAGACUGUAUCUGAUUUAAGGGAAGGAUUUCUCUCCUCAAAGUUGAAAAGCUUUGCUUCUGGUGCAGGACGCAGUGUUCUGUCAGACACAUCAUAUUAUAAUGACAUAAAUUGUUAUAGACAUGAACACGCUGAACCAAGUUGUUUGCAGCAUUUUGUCCCAGAUGAAUUGUGUAGUCGGCCUACUAGUGAGGAAACAGAUACUGAUAUCUGCUAUACAGAUGACUCUGAAUGCGGUGUUAGUGAAGAUUUACAUCAGCAAGAAUCUGAAGCUUUAGCUGGUGAAGGUCAUGUGGUUUUGGAAGAAGUGGACAGACAGCAACUAUCAUCUACUGCUGAAUGCAAAUUUUGGAGAACGUUUGCCUCAGAAAAUUCACUGAGAAAUAGUGCUGAUGGCAGGUCGUCUGAUACUCUAGGGAGUCAAGAAAUCCGCCUAUCAGUUACUCAAGGUUCUGAUCCUCAGAACAAUGAAACAGAUGCACCUUGUGUAUCUGGUGACGUAGUUCAGUUAGAAGAGGCCAUAAUCGAAGAUAUGAACUGGCAAAACAUACCUCCUGAACUAGAAGAUUGGCAAGAUUCAGUUAUAGAAGAUGGUGACGUUAACUGGGUACAAUUAAGAAAUGGUAACUACACUGGAUGGGAACAGACCAGUGAAGAUGGUACUGAAACAUAUUCACAUGCCAGUAGCCAGCGACAGUAUCAGUUACACAACGACAGAGAACAUUAUAAUUUGCAAGUACCACAUGAAGAGUGGCACGAUAAUGCUUUACAUGAGUCUAGGAAUGACUGGUCAAAUGAACAUUUUUCCGAGGAGGUUGCUAUUGUUCAUACAUCUCAUUUCUCCGACGAUGAUAAUGGGCAGGAUCUGGAGCUCAGACAACUUCUGAGCAGGAGAAGAGUCUCUAAUCUUCUUAGAAGCGAUUUUCGAGCAUGUUUAGACCAGGUGAUACAAUCAUAUGUAGAGAGGCGAGAUCAUGCUCCUGUUGAUUGGGAAGUAGAGGGAGUAUCAUCCUCUUCAGCUGCAGUUGUGGAAGAGGAGCAGGAGCAACCAAUUGGACAUCUGCACAUGGGUCACCCAGAAGCUCUUCUGGGUACAACACUCCCAACCUUAAUUCCCCCUUCACAACAGAUCUCGUAUUCACAUAUUGUACAGGACCAUAAUGCUUACCAGCAACAAGUGAACAGCUUGCAGCAGUCAAGAAAUCAGGACUGGGAAAUCAUUAACGACUUGAAAGUUGACAUGGGUAGGCUUCAUCAGAGGAUGAACAACAUACAGAUGAUGCUGGAAGCCUGCAUAUCCAUGCAACUUGAGUUGCAGUGUUCAGUCAAGCAGGAACUUUCCGCAGCUCUUAAUUGGCAAUCAAGAUCAGCAGAUUGUGAGAACUUGGUUCUUGAUGAAACUAAUUUGGAACAUGUGAGAAUUGGGGUUUGCUGUCUAUGCUGUGAUGCCAAAAUAGACUCUUUAUUAUACAGGUGUGGGCACAUGUGCGCAUGCUCAAAAUGUGCUCAGAAGCUGGUUGAGGCCAAAAAUAAAUGCCCAAUGUGCCGGGCACCAGUAAUUGAGGUGAUCUCUGCUUAUUCCAUACAGUAGUGCAGGGAGGCAAGAGUGACAAUAAAGGCAUAUAAAUUAUUACCGGAAGAAAACUGAAUGAAGAAACAAGCAUUGCAAAUGAACUAACAUGAUUGACAUACACUUUUGACACAGGACCAUACUUAUAAUUUAUAAACAUACAAGUGACGAGGAGCUCAUCCAAUUCCACACUUUUAUUUCCUUCUUCUCAGCAGAUUCAUCGGUUCAUUAUGUUUUAAAGAAAUGUUACACUUCUUACCAACAAUCUGCUGUGGAAAUGGUUGGAUCAUUUGAUUAGGGCAAUUGGCCUUGAUUUAUAAUAUUUGUUAUUGGUUUGUACAUGACUAGAAGACUACAAUUAGGAAAAUAUAUGAGAGCAAUACUGUGAA